AACUCUGGAUUCGAGGCUGGCAACGCCGUGCAAAACACGACCAGACGCUGCUUUUCUACGUGCGGCAUCCGAAAAUAGUUGAAAAUAGGCUGAAAAUACACAGGCGCCGCACCUAAUUGCAGUUCGAACGCGUCGCAGAGGCAAGCGGGCAGCGAAGUUACACAUUUUGGGCGCAGCAACGGCACAGCAGAGCCGCCAACAUGGCCGAGUACUUGGCAUCCAUUUUUGGCACGGAAAAGGACAAGGUAAACUGCUCGUUCUACUUCAAGAUAGGCGCUUGCCGCCACGGCGACCGUUGCUCGCGCAUCCACAACAAGCCCACCUUUUCGCAGACGGUGCUGCUCCAGAAUCUGUACGUGAACCCGCAGAACUCGGCCAAAUCCGCGGACGGCUCCCAUCUGGUGGCCAAUGUCUCCGACGAGGAGAUGCAGGAGCACUACGACAACUUCUUCGAGGACGUGUUCGUCGAGUGCGAGGACAAGUACGGUGAGAUCGAGGAGAUGAACGUGUGCGACAACCUGGGCGACCACCUGGUCGGCAAUGUCUACAUCAAAUUCCGCAACGAGGCGGACGCGGAGAAGGCGGCAAAUGAUUUGAACAACCGGUGGUUCGGCGGUCGGCCGGUCUACUCGGAACUCUCGCCGGUCACCGACUUCCGCGAGGCCUGCUGUCGCCAGUAUGAGAUGGGCGAGUGCACCCGCUCCGGCUUCUGCAACUUCAUGCACUUGAAGCCCAUCUCGCGGGAGCUGCGGAGGUACCUCUACUCCCGCCGCCGCCGAGCCCGCUCCCGUUCCCGCUCGCCCGGAAGUCGCCGUCGCGGCUCCCGCAGCAGGUCCCGCUCGCCGGGACGACGGGGUGGCGGCCGUGGCGACGGCGUCGGCGGAGGCAACUACUUGAACAACGAGCGGGACAACAUGCGCGGCGGCAAUGAUCGCGGCAACGAUCGCGACCGCCGCAAAGGUGGUGGUGGAGGAGGCGGCGGUGGAGGUGGCGGUGGUGGACGGUAUUAACUAUUCUGGACAUUUUUUCAAUACGGUGGCAAUUGAGAGAGAAAGCAACGGACAAGCAGCAACGCCAAGUAUCGUGUAUUUUAUUUUCUGCGUUAGUUUUCCGCGUUUUUUAUAUCACUUUCAAGUAGAGAUGAGACGAGAAGAAAUGAAGAGGAGAAGAAAGGAAAAGAAUGAUGGGGUGUUCCACCACCACCUAUGUACAAACCCCCCGCGAAAUACUUUACCGAACGCCCAUUAGAAUUGUAAUUUACUAUACACACAUUCGUAAUAAUAAAAUUGAGUAAUACUAAAUGUA